AUGUCGCCCCAAGUAAACGCCUUCGACCUCCAGACUUGUGCUCGUCCCAACAUCUUGGCUCUCGAGCCCUACAGAUGUGCUAGAGACGACUACAAGGACGACGGCACAAACAUUCUUUUGGACGCCAAUGAGAACGCCUACGGCCCAGGUCUGGCAAUCGAUGCUGCUUCAGGCAAGCUGAAGAAUGCUUUGAACGGCGAUGCCACUGUCGAGCCCGAGCUCAAGCAACUGCUGUGCAACCUCCGCAACACCCACACCCACACAGAGAAGACGCUGACGCCGGACAAUCUCUUUGUCGGCGUCGGCAGCGACGAAGCCAUUGACGCCCUCAUACGCGCCUUCUGCGUUCCCGCCAAGGACAAGAUCCUGACAUGCCCUCCAACUUACGGCAUGUACUCCGUCUCGGCUCAGGUCAACGACGUCCAAGUCGUCAAGGCCUCGCUAGAUGUCAACGACAACUUUGCCCUCCAACCCCGCCUCAUCAAUGAGAUUCUCGAACAAGACGCCCACAUCAAGAUGGUUUACAUCUGCUCUCCCGGCAACCCCACCGCCAACCUCGUGCGCAAGGAAGACGUCGAGCUUGUCCUCAGACACCCCUCCUGGAACGGUAUUGUCGUCCUCGACGAAGCUUACAUCGACUUUGCCCCCGACGGCACCUCGCUCGCCGAAUGGGUCAACGACUGGCCCAACCUCGUCGUCAUGCAAACCCUCUCCAAAGCCUUUGGUCUCGCCGGCAUUCGUCUAGGCGCUGCCUUUACUUCCCCGCCCAUCGCCACCCUUCUCAACUCACUCAAGGCCCCUUACAAUAUCUCGAACCCAACCUCUCAACUCGCCAUCGCCGCCCUACAACCCAAAAACCUAAAAGUCAUGCGCCAAAACCGCGACAAGAUUAUCCAACAGCGUGACCGUAUGCUCAAGGAGAUGCCUUCCAUCUCUGGCAUUGGCAGAUUUCGCGGCGGCGCCGCUAGCAACUUUNUGCUCGUCGAAAUGCUAGAUGCCUCCAAUCAGCCCAGCAAUGAAAUUGCGCUAGCAGUAUACGAACAGCUCGCAGAGUCUCGAGGCGUCGUCGUCCGUUUCCGCGGCAAGGAGUUGGGCUGUUUGGGUUGCCUGCGCAUUACCGUAGGCACCGAGGAGGAAGUUACUCGUUUCCUUAGAGAGAUUACAAGUGUCUUGGAAACUGUGAGGAACGAUCAGAGUGGCAAGACUCUGGACAAGGCAGAGCAGAAAACAGAAGACAAGGCUGAAGAGCAAGCUAAUGACAUCGUCGCUUAG